AUGGGAUGAUGAGCUCCAGUGUGUACUACUACACUCGCGUAAUGUCACAGCUCUUCCUAGACACCCCCGUGUCCAAAACGGAGAAAACUAACUUUAAAACGCUUUCUUCAAUGGAAGACUUCUGGAAGUUCACAGAAGGUGCCUUAUUGGAUGGGCUGUACUGGAAGACACAGCCGGGCAACAGAACUGAAGCUGACAACCGAAGCUUCAUCUACUACGAGAACCUCCUAUUAGGGGUACCACGGAUACGGCAACUCAAAGUCAGGAAUGGAUCCUGUUCUAUCCCCCAGGACUUGAGAGAUGAGAUUAAAGAGUGCUAUGAUGUCUACUCUGUCAGUAGUGAAGACAGGGCUCCAUUUGGUCCGAGGAAUGGAACCGCGUAAGUGUCUGUGGCUCAU